GGGCAAGCACCUCUAGACACCUGUUCUUUGCACUGGUUAGGUAUUGCACCAGCUCAUAGCCAAGUGGUGUCUUACAACCCACAGAGCAACUUGGGAUCAGCCACAAAGAAGAGUAGAGGAGCUAGAACAGUGCAAACAGCUUUGUCAGGCCUUGCUGGUAAGAUCCAAGAUACAUUAUAGAAACGCUUCAGGCCCUACAGCUUGUGUGCUUAAAAGCUUAACUGUUGGAAAGAGUCACUCAUUCCUACCCUGGCCAGAAAAAGACAGCACAUCAAAGCAAGUGUCCAUAGGCAAGAAGCUGUAGAUAAAGGACUUCGCUCCAAUCUUAAACUCUGUUUAAUUUGAACUAAGAGAGGUGACAAAGUCAGGUAAUCGCAUCAUAAAAUUUGGAUCAGCUCUGCUCAAAGGCAACUCCUGACUGCAGAGGCAGAAAAAAAUCCUUGCUUCUUCACAGUGUGACACCUGAAGACUGAGGGACAUUUGUCCCCCUGGAGCCAACACCUGCCCUUUUCAAAACUUGCACAGCCACAUUAUUAAAACUGCUUUUUUCCUCUCCAUUUUAUAAGUGGCACACAGCAAGCUUCUUUCCUGUCUUCAGUAUUUCUGUUAAUUGCUAUGAAGAAAUUGCUGUUUACUACUCUUCUAAAGUCCCUUUCAGCUCAGGCUUUUGAAAUACUUUAUUUCUCCAGGGUCAGAGGUGAGCAAUGAGUCAUCAAGGAGCUGUAAGAGCCCUGUGCAGUUUAGAGAGGCUCCACUUACCAGCAGGAGAAAGAAAUAGGCACCUUUUUACACAUACUGUGAAAGAAAGGCUCAGAAGCGUUCCAGGGCGGAAUGUGAGGGCUGUUCAUGUCCAGAAAGAAUUGCUGAUGUCUAGCACUCAGGGGAUGAAGGCCUUAUUCUUUAAUCCAUCUCUCUCACCCAAAGUAUGUUGGACAAGCCAUUUUUCUUGGGGUCUUGGCAGGAUUUGGGAUAAGGCGUUGCACAGGAAGUGAAUUUUGAAGAGAACAUUGGGAAAAAGGAUACUGUCCCUCAGACUAGUCCAAUCUAACCCAAGUCUGAUUUUCCAAGAAAGACAAAACAAAAUAGAAUACCAUUCCUCUGAGCACUUCCCACAAUCUCUACUAACCGCUCAUUUAUACAUCCCUAGCAUAAAAGCAUUUGGCCCCAGCACAAAUGCACAAAGAGCCUUUCACAGAUGCAAGCAAUAUCCCAGAGCAUUGCUGGCAAUGGAAUCCCUGGCAGGUAAUUUUCUCCCCACCUACUGUAGGAGCAACCAGAGAAGUGGAGCAGAAAUGUGAAAUUGCCUCACAACAUAAAAACCCCAAACCAUUCUCAUCUGCUGCUGAUUUCAUCCCAUCCUCCCCAUCUGCACAGCGAAAACACUCUUUCCUGACAGUAUCUACUUCAUUACAUCACAGAAGAAGACACAAACUGAAUCUGCAGUCUGAAACAAUUCCCCGUCUUUUCCACAGAAAGUGUCUCCCAGAAGAUCCAAUGGGAUAAAUUAGAAACCAAGAAAAAAACACUCUAGAGUGGAUGCCAGACCCCAGUUUCCCUGAGAACUCAACCCAGCUGCACAGGGCAGAAGAGAAACAAGGAAAACAAGAAACAAGAGAGACAGAAAGGAACGUAUUUACUUUGGGGUGUUUCAUCAUGGCUGAGGAGCUUAUAACACCCUUUCCCCAAAGCAACACAAGCCAGGCUCAUGGGACUAAUCAGAGUGUGAGUGUGGGACAGCCAUCAUACACGGUCCUCAAGUUCAUGGAGAGCUUCUGCCUCAUCAGCGCUGCCUGCGGCAUGGUGGGAAACGGCGUGGUCCUAUGGUACCUUGGCUUCCGCAUCCGGAGAAACCACUUCACUGUCUACAUCCUGAACCUGGCUGCCGCCGACUUUGGCUAUCUCCUCUGCAUCGCCAUUGAGACGGUUCAGUACCUGAUGCAGUUCAAUGUUGGGGUGCAGUUUGGGAUAUUCCUCUUCCUGGAUCUUUUCAUGUAUGGGACCGGCUUGUAUCUCCUGACCACCAUCAGCAUUGAGAGGUGCCUGUCUGUCCUUUGUCCCAUCUGGUGCCGAAGCCACCGCCCAAAGCACUUGUCCGCCAUCAUCUCCGGCCUGCUCUGGGCUCUCUCCCUGCUGCUGAACACACUCGGGUACAUUCUGUGCACCGUUCGCCGCUCUGCCAGGACCUGCCAGCUCCUGCUCAUCGCCAUCGGAUCCCUGGACUUCCUCUUCUGCACACCCCUCAUGCUGCUCUUCAGCCUCACCCUCUUCCUCAAAGUCAAGUGCAGCUCCCAGCACUUCCGAACGGGCAGGCUCUUCACCACCAUCAUGCUCACCAUCCUCUUCUUCCUCAUUUUUGCUGUGCCUCUGAGCAUCCUCAUCCUCUUUGACUUCUUGGGCUACAAAUUCCUCUACUCCCCAGAGAUCGGCUUUGUGCUGUCCUGUGUGAACAGCAGUCUCAACCCUGUCAUUUACUUCCUUGUGGGGAGCUACAGGGAUCGGAGGAUCAAGUUCACCCUCAAGCUGGCGUUCCAGAGGGCCUUUGAAGAUUCAGAUGACAAACAGGAAACCCAUGACACAAUAGCUAUGGCCUCUUAAAUUUCUCCGUUUUUUUGCCCAAUCACCUUUUUGGAUGGAGAAAGAAGGAAAAAGAGAGGAAGAACAUAAAGAUUCCUCUGGGCCCUAGAUCCCGGGGGUGGAGGAAAAAGUGAAUACAUAGCUCUAUUUUUGGUCUAUACCAAGCCACAUUGCUGGCCCCAUUUGUUAAGCCAAAAUAUAAAUGCACUUCCAUUUAUUUGGGCUCCUCCACAGUAAAGCGUGAGAACUGUCUUUGUGGCUAGCUUACUUUGCUUACUGUAACUCUCUUUGGUGCCAAGUUUAAUAAAAUUUUUGCUCUCAGCUGUCAAUCUAGAGCUGACAUUUUA